AAGAUGGUUUCUGAAAAAAGACUUGCAGUGAUAAAAAAAAAAAAUCCUAUUUCCCAGAGGCCGGCUAGGUGGCUUCAGGCUCCACCCCUUUUAUCUUCCGGUUCUCAUCUCCGGCUGUAGUGUUUAAAUUUCGCGCGCUUUACAAGCAUUGGCUGCAUCAGGGAGUGUUCGGCAGUCUGCGCGCUACCUCUCUUGCUCGCCUUUUUCCCCGGGCAAAAGGUUUUCAAAUUCGACCAAUCGGCGAGCGCGUUCCCACAGCCGUAGCGCGACACCGAGGGGUUAACCACAACCAACCACAAGCAGGUAUUAGAGAAAAGAGCCAAUCAGGAGGGCGCGGAGGUGUGCCUGGGGGCUUAUAAGGGAGGCCCUGCGGCGCGCGCGGCGGCAGUUGGGCUGUGGCGUGUCUGUUCCUGCGUGUCUCUGAGGCGUUCGUCUUCACAGGUCUACCUCGCGCAACAUGUCUGGCCGCGGCAAAACCGGCGGCAAGGCCCGCGCUAAGGCCAAGUCGCGCUCGUCGCGCGCGGGUCUGCAGUUUCCCGUGGGACGCGUGCACCGGCUGCUGCGGAAGGGCCACUACGCCGAGCGGGUCGGUGCCGGCGCGCCUGUGUACUUGGCGGCGGUGCUCGAGUACCUCACCGCCGAGAUCCUCGAGCUGGCGGGGAACGCGGCCCGCGACAACAAGAAGACGCGGAUCAUCCCCCGCCACCUCCAGCUGGCCAUCCGCAACGACGAGGAGCUCAACAAGCUGCUGGGCGGCGUGACGAUCGCCCAGGGAGGCGUCCUGCCCAACAUCCAGGCCGUGCUGCUGCCCAAGAAGACCAGCGCCACCGUGGGGCCGAAGGCACCCGCGGGCGGCAAGAAGGCCACCCAGGCCUCUCAGGAGUAUUGAGGGGUGCCUGCGCCGCUGCCGGCUGCUCCCGGCCGCCCAGCCCUCCCCAUGCCAUCACAAAGGCCCUUUUAAGGGCCACCACCGCCCUCACGGAAAGAGCUGGGCCACAUCGGGCUCCGGGGCGGGCGGGCCGCGGCCCCCGACUCCGCUCCCUUCGCGCGCUGCCGCCGCCCGGCCUCCCACCCCCGUGCCUCCCUUCCCCCGCACGGCUUGUCGCGUCGGCCUCCCGCCCGCGCCGCGCCGCUCAGGGGCCGCGGGCCGGCAGCCCUAGGAGGGAGGGCUCGGGGCCUCCGGGGCGCGAGGCGGCUGGGGGCGCAGCGUCUGCCCGCCUUGGCUCUCGUGUCUCCGCCGCCCCAUCCUCAGAAUUGCUGAUGGGCUGCGGAGAGGCAGCUGCACCUUCUGGAAGACACGGCGUUCCGCUCUGAGGUGGCGGGGAGCGGGCGGCCGAGAAGGCCGGCGACCCUGAAGGCCUGUGCAGUGUGGCCAAGACCAGACGCUUGGUAAUAUGAACACCUUUCCUCCAGAGAGGACUGCCUCCUAGGAAGACGUUUAGGGGAGGGCAAAGGCCUGCAGGUCAGCUUCACAGCUGGCUGUGUGGACAGCAGUUGUGUUUUCGCUGAAACCCUGGCACCUAGGCCUAUGGGGCCUCCCUACUCUGCCCCAUUGCCCUUCCAGCAACUCAAUUCAGCAAAUCCAAGCACCUAGAUACCAGCACAAGUCGGUUAAUCCCUGUCUGGACUGAGCCUCUGUUGGCUUCUGAACUGGAAUUUUGCAGCUAACCCAUCCAAGACUAGAACCUUUUAGGUAUUGGGGAGUUUUAGAUGGACUAAUUUUAUUAAAGGAUUGUUUUUUU